AUGUCGGUGGACCGGACAAUAGAAGAACUGAGCGGGACGCUGAAUCAACUGGGAAUUUUGGUGGAGCACAUAAACACGCAGAUUGUGGGAAUAACAUCCCGAAUUAACCUCACGUUAGACAACUUCGACUCAUCGGUGGCGGGAAUCGCUUCCGAUGCGGGCGCUAUGACAGGCCAGGUUGGCGACACGAUAGCUCAGGUAAGUCGAUGUCUAAACGAACAGCUUUUGCUCAUUUAUGCAAUGAACGCAAUUAAUUAAUUUGUGUUGUUGCAGGUUCCAAAUGCAUGGGUAUUUUAUUUAUUAUUUAUUACACUAAUCAUCGUUUUGAUUCUUCUUUCUGUGCUCAUCAUUAUAAGUCUUGCCACUCGCCUACACGCCAUAUAUCAUAUCAUCAGAGGAGAUCGACACAGUAAGAAUUUUUUACAACUUGUAAAUGGUGGAAGGACUAAAACAGAGAUUUAUCACUUCAGCAACCCUAAUUGACUCUCCUUAUCCAUCGAAUUAUGAUUCAAAGCAACCACUUACACUGCCAAUUUCCCCCUUGAGCGAGACAAAGCGUCGGCACCAUGUGACGGUCCCCAUGGAAUCAGAACCGAGACGGUACGGCGAAAACGUCUCAUAUUCACAGCCGCAAGACCCGGGCGGAUACAACCCCUUCUUUGGAAAACACAAUAUUCCGCCGCCUCCGAGGAAUACAGGUAUGCAAGGUAUUAAUGGCUGAUCCACAUAAAAAAGUUCGUGAAAACUGAAAUUUCUGUGAAUAGCUAUUUUGACUGUUUUUUAAAGAAUUCUGUUCUUUAGAAUGCGAAGAAACAAAAGAGUCAGUUAUCGAAAUAGAAAAUUGCAUCGUUCUGCCACUGACUAUAAAAGAAACCCCAGUAGGUAUGGUGCGUUUUACUAACAAGAUGAAGUUCAGCAGCGUGAUUUGACACGGAGUAAUAACAUAAUCAAACUAAUUUAGAACUCCAUGAAGAAAGCGCAGUAACUCAUUCUUUCUGUGCGCAUGCAAUUUUAAAUUAAUUCAGACGCAACUUUUACUCGAAAAAGAAAGGUUUUUUGUGAUUUUGUUAUACGGAGUUUGCCGGGAAAACUACAAAUUUUUAAUGCGCACAUUUCGAAUUCGCAAAAAUUUGCUUUGGAAUGAAGCUGUUUUAUGGAGAGUGUUAAGAGUGAAAUAAACCCAUUUCUUCUUAGUUGUCCUCACUCAACCGUUUCCUGGACGCUACAUUAACACAUUUCGAGCAAAUCGUUCUCGCUUGGCGGAUUGCCGAUCGAGCUCCUUCAUAGUCGAAAAAGCAAACUCAACUCAAUUAAUUAUCCCAGAAAGGAGUAUUUCUCGGACACGAACGUUUGAUGGACGACCAUUAAAGCAUUUCAGCUCGCCCAUUCCUGUAACAGAGCAAGUCAAAAAGAUGAUUGUGCGACUAGGUUAGAGUGUGCUCUGGAUUUAGUUGUUCGUCGUGUUGUAUCGUGAGAAAAGCACAAAGAAUGGUGUACAAAAUUGUGCCACGCCCCUGCAUUAAGCAGUUGUUGCCAUUUGGUUGAAUUAGCCGGGCUGCUACCACCUUUUCCUAAAAGGACUCAAAAAUUGUAUCUGUAAGACGAUGUGGCUAUCUUCGUACAUAUAUAGAUGAACGAAAUGGCAUAGAACCACUUUCAGAGAUUAAACUUCAAAUAACAAAAGUCGCAAAAUGAUUUUUGCGCAGAGGAUAAAGUAAUUUCUUGUUAUUGCAUAACACAAUUACCUUAUUUAUGAAUGCUUAAAACCUAAUUUAACAGAACACUCACAAAGAUGAAAAAUAAGCGCAUCACUAAAUUACACUUGCUUUUAGAGUCCGCAAAUGAAGCCUACCUUCGUCGACCAUUGAAUCCUCAUGCUGUCAGCGCCGUCCAAAUCGAUCCGCCAGUUCCAACCCCCACCCCCCGCUACACAAAAAAACCUCAGUAUCGGGGGGAGCCCGUUUGA